AUGCUGCCAUGGAUACAGUCCCUAGCCCAGGCCCUGCCCUUCUCUCUUUGGGUUGCCCUGAGAGGCUCUGGUCCCCGGGUGCCUGUCAUCAAGAUGGGCACGGGGUUGGAGGGCCUGCAGCAAACCCUGAAGGAAGUAGCCUACAUCCUCCUCUGCUGUGGCUGUAUCAAGGAACUGCUGCAUUAGUGGUGACAGGGAAUUGCCUCCUCUCCUGGCACCACUCAGGUGGGCAGGGUAAGGCAGACAGACAGGAGGUGUGGCCAUAGAUAGCUUCUGUGGUUGAGCCUGCUUCCUAGCCCUCCCGUCUUUUCUAUAGCCCCAGGAAGACUCCUGGAUCCAGCCAGACUUAGCCAAGGAUGAGCCACCAAAUGAACAGGGAAGUAUGGAUCCUGCUUUGAUUGUUCAUCUGUCAGACUUGCCUCUUCUCAGGGUAUCCAUUCCCAGCCCCUGACUCUGGUAGACUUCUAAUGGGUGGAAGUUGGUAUGCUGGCUAAGACCCCAUUCCAAUUAUAGCAGGACCCAAUAGUCCUCCAGGC